AUGCCAAAAAAUCCUUCUCCCAAAUCUCUUUCAUCUAUUUCACGUAGAAAAGAAGAUAAUAGAAAACAUAAUGCUGGACGAAAACCUGCAAAGGAUGAUGCUUAUGUUCAACAAACUGAUUUAAAGAAAUAUUAUAAUCGUAUACAACAAAGAAAAUAUCAAAAGCAACAAAAAUCAUAUAUUUCUUCUUUAGAAAAAGAAGUAAAGGAAUUACGAGAAGUAUUGGAAAAAUAUAAAGAUAUAAAUGAAGAUAAUAUCAUUAAAGAAAGUGAAGAUUUUGAAGAAAAAA